AGCUGCCAGCGAGCAACAUGCUCCGGCUCAAAGCGUCUAUGAGAGCCGAGAUAGCCUGUCACUGCGCAGAGCCGAAGCCGUCGUAACGCAUGCAGCGCACAUUUCGCGGCCAUGACUAGCAUGAUGAAGUUCUGCCGUCCCCCAGUAAGAGGAGCGCAGACGACUGGCAUCGAUCGCUACAGCCCGGUCACGCCCCCGCUCCGGAGCGACGCAGCGAAAGCCGCUGAGACAUACACCUCCCUGCUUCUCGCACACACGGCAACCGCACUCACUCUGUGUCUUCUUGCUCUUCGUCGUCUUCUCAAUCUCGCCGUCCGUGUCCACCUCGGACUCGCCCGCCUCCACGUCGCCUUCCUCGUCGCCACCCUCCGAGUCCUCCUCGUCGUCGUCGUCCGAGUCCGGCUCGUCUCUCCGCGGCGCUGUUGGCCGCUUGCGCUUCGCUGCGCCCGCCUGCUGCUGUGGCUGCUGCUUGGAGCCAGCCCGCUCGGCGCCCGUCGCGCGCGCUGCCGGCCCGCGCGCCGGCCCGCCGACGGGGUUCUGGUUGGCGCGCAUGCUGAACUUGCCCUUUGGCCGGCCGGCGGAGCUCGAGCCUGAGGGGCCGCCGCGUGACUUGUAUGCGGGUGCCAUGAUGUGUGAGAUGGAGGUGUGGGGGUUGCGAGGGUGUGUGGAGCCCAGGCAGCGGCUGCUGCCUCGGGGCCGCCAGCCAAAAAAGCUGGGAGCGGCGCAAUCGGCCGA